CGCUAUUGGUCCGGUUCGUGUCUGGGGCGUUUCACAGGGACUGCCCGGCUGUGUCCGGGUAAGAUGGCGUUGGAAGAGCAGUGCUCGGCACUACCUCGAUGGCGGUCCAUAUCUCUGACACAUGUAGAGUUCCCCGACGACGAUCUAACGGGACAAGUGCUGGCCUACAUCAGUCUCCUGCCCGUGACGAUCCUUGUGGGCUUUGUCACACUUAUUGUCUUUAAACGGGAGCUACACACAAUUUCCUUCUUUGGUGGUCUGCUCCUGAAUGAAGUUGUGAACUGGCUGUUGAAGCAGAUUUUCAAAGAGCCACGCCCUUGUGCAGGCGCUCGCUCAACCCUUGUAACAGAUUAUGGGAUGCCCUCCAGUCACUCCCAGUUCAUCUGGUUCUUUGUUGUUUACUUCUUUCUUUUCCUUUAUUUAAGAAUGCAUCAAACGAACAAUGCACGUUGUGUGGAUUUGCUGUGGAGACAUAUAUUGUCCAUCUUCCUGUUGGGCAUGGCCUUAUCAGUCUCAUACAGCCGAGUCUACCUGUUGUAUCACACCUGGAGCCAAAUUUUGUAUGGUGGAGUGACUGGGUGUACAAUUGGGAUUAUCUGGUUUUUGUUCACACAAGAGGUGCUGACACCACUAUUCCCUAAAAUAGCAGCAUGGCCAAUAUCGGAGUACUUUCUGGUGCGAGACACAAGCCUGAUUCCCAACAUCCUAUGGUUUGAGUACACAGUGACCAGAUCAGAGGCAAGGAACAGACAACGAAAGCUUGGAACAAAACUUCAGUGAUUGACAGAUUUUUUUUGUGGGACUGUGUUUAGGACCAUUCAUACAUACAUGCAAACACAGAAAAAAAAAAUCAAAUGCUCAUUCACACUGGAGAACCAUCUUUUGGACUGACACAGUUGCAAGGAUCAAAGGGCAAAAAAAAAAAAAAAAAAAAAAA